AUGGCAAAUUUUCAUACAUUUCGAAACGUUUGUUACAGGGGCUUCAGUAUACUGUUGGAAGUGUUCAAAAUGAACAAGAAGAUGAAGCCACCGAUGAAGAACAUCAUCGAAAGACGAUUUUUUUCGAUGCGAAAAUGUCCAGAAAUCCAUUUGUUUGGGAUGAGGAUGAAAGGAUUAACCGGGCAGAUGAGGGGUGUUGAGGGAGAGGGACAUUUUGCUGGCGUUGAAGCGAAUCCCCAAGUGGCUGUUGCAGCUGCAGCAGCAGCAGCAGCAGCUUUAGUCUUCCAAGCGACAAGAAACCAUAAAUUUGUUUGA